AGCUGAGCCAUUUAGUCUUCCAUUUGAUCUUGAACAGUCCAAAUAUGUGGCGGAUCUUUCUGCUGGUGUUUCUUCUGCCGGGUUAUUUGGAAGGUGCUCGAAUCCUGGCUCUGUUUCCCAUACCGAGUCCUUCGCAUUACUUUUUUGCCUUGCCCUAUCUGAAGAGGUUGGCCGCCGAGGGUCAUGAGAUAACCACUGUGAAUCCGUUUCCUCUCAAGGAGCCUGUGAAAAAUAUACAAGAUGUUCCUAUUCUGGAGGUUUUUGACAACUUUAAUGAAAUCCUUAAAUCUGCCACCUCCCCCAGGAGCACUUGGCGCGGUAGUGAUUUCAUCAAUGAAUACACCCUCAACCUCACAAACAUAGUGCUGAAUAAUGAGGGGGUGCGUCGUGAGAUUCUCGGCCCCAAAAGUCCUCAUUUCGAUCUUGUGAUAAUGGAUCUCUGGCGGAUCGACGCUCUCUGCGGUCUGGCGGCCCAUUUCGGGGCCCCAAUUAUUGGAAUGGCUCCAUAUGGCACCGACUGGAAGAUUGACGAACUAGUAGGCAAUGUCUCACCAAUGUCCUACCUGCAAUCUCCCUCUUCUCGACUCCACAAUUUGGAUACUUAUGGAGGAAGAUUGUCACACUUUAUAGAACGAUCUAUUUCCUGGAUCAACUACAAGUGGCGGCAUGCGGAAAAGCAAAGGGAGCUCUAUAGGAAGUACUUCCCGGGCAUUGCCAAGGAGAAACCUCUCUCGGAGACCUCCAAAAACUUUGCUUUAAUCCUCGUUAAUCAGCACUUUACAUUGGCUUCGCCACGUCCCUAUGUUCCCAAUAUGAUCGAGGUGGGUGGUCUGCAUGUCGAUCAGAAUCCUAGGAUGUUACCCACCGAACUAGAGGACUUUAUCCAGGGUGCUGGUGACGCAGGAGUAAUCUACUUCUCCCUGGGAACCAAUGUCAAAAGUAAAUCUCUGUCCGAGGAUCGAAGAAGGGUUCUGCUCGAAACUUUCUCCGGUUUACCACAGCGAAUCCUGUGGAAAUUCGAGGAUGAUCAGUUGCAGGGGAAACCUUCAAAUGUUUACAUAAGCAAGUGGUUUCCUCAGCAGGAUCUGCUAGCCCAUCCCAAGGUUAAACUCUUUAUAACCCACGGCGGUCUUUUGAGCACUGUAGAGAGCACCUAUCAUGGAAAGCCCAUGUUGGGUUUGCCUUGCUUCUUUGACCAGUUCCGCAACAUGGAACAUGUUCAACGAAUGGGUCUGGGUUUGGUUCUCAAUUUAAAGGAAAUGACAAGAGAUGAUUUCAAUUCGACCAUUAUACGACUAUUGACGGAUCGGAGUUUCGGGGAAACGGCCAGGAUUACGGCAGCCAGGCAUCGGGAUCAACCCAUGAAGCCCAUGGAAAAGGCCAUCUGGUGGACCCACUACAUCCUGCGGCACAAGGGAGCUGCCCACAUGCGAGUGGAUGGAAGGGAUUUGGACUUUAUCAGAUACCACAGCCUGGAUGUCCUGGCCACCUUUUUGAUUGCUUUGUUAGCUAUCCUAGGAGUUGUCGGUUAUUGUGUGGUUAAAGCCUGUAAAAGCUUUUCAUUUGUGAAAAGGCACAAUAAGCUAAAGAAAAAGGUUCAAUGA